AUGUGCCAAUUCGAGGUUAUCCACUUCCACUGCGGCCACGCCGGUAGACGUCUCAUCAAGCACUGCCACUUCGCUCGCAACGACCCCAAUCACCAAUGCUUCGGCGCCUGGUCUAUCAAGCGCGAAUGGGUCAGCGCCAAUCAGAUCUGUCAGCCUUGCUCGCAACAAGCUAUGAUGCGUCGUGCCCAGCAGGCUCAGCUGAGGCUCUGA